GGUAGAGGCCGUGUCGGCCGAUUGUGGCACAAGUUCGACGAGAUGUACCAACUGAUUGCCAGCCCCCGGUGGGCGAAGUUGCCUCGCAAACAUUUCAUCACCGUUGCCUGCUUCUUGGUGUUUCUGUCCUUUUGGGAGUUCACCUAUGCGUACGGUGUUGCCUCCACCAGCCGUGCAACCAAUUUCACCAUCGCCUUCUGGCUACUGUUUGCGCUGAUCCAUCUGCGCCAGCUACAGAUCCUGCUCUAUACCGACCUGUUGCGUUUUUGCUUGACGGAGAUGAACGACCAGUUGAGCUGGUGCAUCGAGCUAAGCAAGGCAGCGACACGGUACGGUGGACUGAGGACGGAUGGACAAAUCCAUGGCCACAUUCGUCGGCUGAUUGAUGGCUUUGUGCGCUGUUACCGUCUACUUGCUACAAUCAACCGUACCUUUAGCUGUUCCUUGAUUAUCAUAAAGAUCAUAACGCACGUGUACCUGCUGACCGAUAGUUACUGGAUCGUAUUCGGUAUUAUGCGGCAUGAUCUGUUGCGAUCGAUAUGUGAGUUUCAACAGCAUCAUAUGUGUUUGGUUCACGUUUAG